GACCGAAGCCUUGUGACGCUUUAGAGCCGGAAGACUGGGUGGUGAUGCUUUUUGCGAAGUGUUUCGUGCACCACUGAGCGGAAAACGAAGACCUGUGCAAUCGCAAUUCAGGUGGCGUUGGAGGUUCGUCCCCUCGCAUUCCGCACUGCCCUCUUUAGUUCAUGUUCUCUGGUGAAAGUGGUUUUUGCCUGACGUUUUGUAAAGAACCGAUCCAAGGACUUCUGACACUCCUUCGAAAAUGUCCAAGGCAAACAUCAGCAGAGUGUGCAGCUGCCGGGGGAGCUCUACAGUGCCACCUGUUGGUCCCUAAACCGAAUCAUGACAAAAACAAAAGGAGGAACGUUCAUCUUUCUGCAUUCUCCUCUUACACACACUACUCAACCUUUUCUUCACCAUGGACCAACCUCUGCUACAAAGAGAGGAAAGAGUAAGACAGAGUGGCUGCUGCUCCAGUAGGAGGCUAAAGGCGUGGUUGCCUAUUCUCUCCUGGCUACCCAUAUACAAGCUGAAAUGGCUUCAGAUGGAUCUCCUUGCCGGCGUCACUGUUGGGCUGACAACCGUUCCGCAGGCGUUGGCCUAUGCAGAAGUAGCAGGCCUUCCCGUGCAGUACGGGCUCUACUCUGCCUUCAUGGGAGGCUUCAUCUACACCUUCCUCGGGACAUCCAAGGAUGUGACGCUGGGUCCCACGGCCAUCAUGUCCCUUCUUUGCUUCUCGUUGGUGGGGGGUGAACCGCACCGAGCUGUGCUGCUCAGCCUCCUCUGUGGUCUCAUCCAGGCUUCCCUGGCGUUACUAAGAUUAGGCUUUCUCUUGGACUUCAUCUCAUUCCCUGUUAUAAAAGGUUUCACUUGUGCUGCGGCAAUAACAAUUGGCUUUGGGCAGGUGAAGAAUAUCCUGGGACUCCAAGAUAUUCCCCACGAGUUCUUCCCACAGGUUUACUACACAUUUUACAAGAUGGCCGAGGCUCGAAUAGGCGACGUGGUCCUUGGUCUGCUCUGUAUAGCCUUGCUGAUCAUGUUGACGUCAAUGAAGACGAGUCUGGAACCCGAUGAUGAUGAUGGUGAUGAUGAUGCUCCCAGUUUCCCCAGAUCGGAUCGGAUCGGAUCGGCUGCCAGAAGAUUUGUGUGGGCUGUUGCUACCAUGCGUAACGCCCUCGUCGUCGUGGCCGCAUCUUCUUGCGCCUUUUCCUGCGAAGCUUCUGGCCUUCAUUUUUUCUCAAUCACUGGGCAUGCCUCUCAGGGGCUUCCACCCUUCAGGCCCCCGCCCACCUCAGACACCACCGCCAAUGGCACUGUGGUAACAUUUGGAGAGAUUGUGGAGGGCUUUGGGGGAGGUCUAGCUGUGAUUCCUUUCAUGGGAUUGCUGGAGAGCAUUGCAAUUGCAAAAGCUUUUGCCAAGCAGAACAACUACAGAAUAGAUACCAACCAGGAACUGUUGGCAAUUGGUAUGACCAACGUCAUGGGCUCCUUUGUCUCAGCGUACCCUGUAACCGGCAGCUUUGGCAGAACUGCAGUGAAUUCACAGACUGGGGUUUGUACUCCAGCUGGAGGGAUUGUCACAAGUGUUAUAGUGUUGCUGUCUUUGGCGUUCCUCAUGCCGGCCUUCUACUACAUCCCAAAAGCUUCUCUCGCUGCUGUUGUCAUCUGUGCCGUCACUCCCAUGGUUGACUAUCGUGUCGUGACUAAGAUAUGGAAGAUGCAUAAGCUUGACCUCCUUCCCUUCAUUGUGACCUUCCUGCUGAGUUUCUGGCGGGUGCAGUAUGGAAUCAUAGGAGGUGUGGCUAUAUCUGGAGUCUUACUGAUGUACACCGUGGCUCGACCUGGAAUAAAGAUGUCAAAUGAAGGUGUCAUGCUCAUCGAGUUGGCCAGCGGGCUCAGCUUUCCUGCUGCAGAACAUCUGAGUCACAUCAUACAUACACAAGCUUUACAGGACUCUCCUCCACGGUCAGUUGUAUUGGAUUGCAGUCAUGUCAGUGUGAUAGAUUACACAGUGAUUCAUGAGCUGAGUGACUUGCUGGGACAGUUCAAACGCCAAGAUGUGCAUCUAAUCCUUUCCGGACUGCAGCCAAAUGUCCUGGAGAUUCUUUUAGCUGCUGAUCUGGAGGGCCUCCGAUAUGCUGACGGUGUUGAGACAGCACUGCAGAUGGGAUCGGGGAACCUCAAUUUAUAAUGUAGGAAGUGAUGUUUCCCGAUGCACACUAAACUAAACGGGAGAUCCUGCACGGACACAAAUGGUCCAGGGGAGAAUGUGGUCUCCAAAUACCCGCUUUACAGAUCUGUGAUCUCCCUCGACAACUGGACAUCAUCUGCCCGUGGAGGUUCCUUAUAAAUGUGCUUUGUGCACUUCGAUUUCCUGCAGGGACUUCAGCAAAUGAGUUUCUUAUUCUGCCAUGUCAAGGACUGCGCCAUUUAAGGUUACCUGAAGUAAUUUUUGAAAAUCCCCAAGGAAAUAUUUUUAUGUCACGAGUACCCAUUCUGGCGGCCCGGUAGUCCAGUGGUUAGCACGUCGGCUUCACAGUGCAGAGGUACCGGGUUCGAUUCCAGCUCCGGCCUCCCUGUGUGGAGUUUACAUGUUCUCCCCGGGCCUGCGUGGGUUUUCUCCGGGUGCUCCGGUUUCCUCCCACAUUCCAAAAAUAUGCAUGGCAGGCUGAUUGAACACUCUAAAUUGUCCCUAGGUGUGAGUGUGAGCGUGGAUGGUUGUUCGUCUAUGUGUACCCUGCGAUUGGCUGGCAACCGAUCCAGGGUGUCCCCCGCCUACUGCCCGGA